ACACCUAAUAAUUUCUCGGCUCGACUCGCUUGCGUAUGACGCAUUUCCGAUUCAAGGUUCUGCUCGACCAUCCUCCCUUGCGAGAAGCGACCCUUCUAGCUGUCUCGGAAGUAAUUUUCUUCAAGAUCAGAAACCGGGAAGCAAAACUACUCAACUAUCACGGCGUGUUCUCCAAAGAUUUCUGGUACUCUUCCGUCUUUUCAUGAACUAGAUCCCCGGAGGCCGGAUCAUGACUGUUUUGUUGAAAACUUCCAACCUUCACGACGCUAUCGGGAAUGAGCUUCUUCAAGGACCUUGCUGAUUCCUUCUCCUCUUUAUUUUCCUCUGCUACAUCGGUUUCUUCUUCUUCUCCCCCGCCACCGGCUUCCGCGGAGGUGAUGGAAGCUCCCUCGGUUGUUAACGAGCGGGUCGUCCUCAAACUGAAGGGCUACUUUGAAUUGGCCAAGGAGGAGAUUGAUAAGGCAGUGCGUGCUGAGGAAUGGGUCCUCAUCGACGAUGCCAUCACGCACUAUAGAAACGCUCAGCGGGUGAUGCUUGAAGCAAAGGCUGCCCGGUUACCUCCGGCACUAUCUUCGAGCGAUCAUCGCCAAGUAAAGGACUAUCAACAAAAGAUUUCGAAAUGGCAGGGGCAGGUAUCUGAGAGAUUGCAAGUUUUAUGUCGGAGAACAGGUACGUCGCCAGUGAAGGCUAGCACAAGCCACUCACCAACUGGAAAAGCGUCAUCUAUAGUAUCAGGUACACAAAAAGCUCCACUACAAAAUUCACCAAGUGUGAAGAGUGGUGGCUCAGGAAACAAGAGUGAUAGUAGUAAAGGCCCACAAAACAUUAAAGAUUCUUCUGGUGGUUAUGAUGCCAAAUUAGUUGAAAUGAUAAAUUCAGCCAUUGUUGAUAAAAGCCCUUCUGUAAAGUGGGAUGAUGUUGCUGGGCUGGAAAAAGCAAAACAAACCCUUUUGGAAAUGGUAAUCCUGCCAACAAAGAGAAGGGACUUGUUUACUGGACUGCGGAAACCUCCGAGAGGUCUGCUCCUCUUUGGCCCGCCGGGAAAUGGUAAGACAAUGCUCGCCAAGGCUGUUGCUUCGGAGUCAGAGGCUACAUUCUUCAAUGUUUCUGCAUCCUCCUUGACAUCUAAAUGGGGCAGGUUGGAGAGGCAGAAAAACUUGUCCGGACUCUUUUCAUGGUUGCUGUUUCUAAGCAGCCGAGUGUUAUUUUUAUGGAUGAGGUUAUGUUUCCAGAUAGAUAGUUUAUUAUCCUCGAGACUAGCCAAUGAGAAUGACUCAAGCAGAAGGUUAAAAUCGGAAUUCCUGGUACAGUUUGACGGAGUGACCUCUAAUCAAAGUGACCUGGUAAUCGUUAUAGGUGCUACUAACAAGCCACAAGAGCUGGAUGAUGCUGUUCUACGAAGACUGGUAAAGAGAAUAUACAUACCUCUCCCAGAUCAAAGUGUUCGGAGACUUCUUUUCAAGAACAAACUUAAAGGACAAGCAUUUUCCUUGCCAAAUGCUGAUUUGGACAGACUUGUCAAGGACACUGAAGGCUAUUCCGGAAGUGAUUUGCAAGCAUUGUGUGAAGAAGCUGCAAUGAUGCCAAUCAGAGAAUUGGGUUCCAAAAUUCUGACUGUACAGCCUAAUCAGGUGCGGCCAUUAAGCUACGAAGACUUCAAGAAAGCAAUGGCUGUUAUCAGACCCAGUUUACAGAAGAGCAGGUGGGAAGAGCUUGAACAGUGGAACAUGGAAUUUGGCUCAAACUAAGUAGAUUAGUACAAGUAAAUAAUUACAAUUAUAGGUAAAAUGACAUAGUAUCCUCCCAGAGAGUUAUACUUGGUCAGUUAUAACUGCUACUGCAAUGAUUAUUUAUUAUUUCAUUUAUAUGCGCCAUUUAACAUUGUUCAUGCAGUUUAUGCAAAGAUCAGUGAAAAUAGCAACAGCUCGCUGAAUCAUCUUUCUCUGCACGUUUAUCCAUGUAAGAAUCUUGAAUUAUUACAAUAGUUUAUUUGCAUCCAAGCAGAAUUUGAAGGUCCCAUGAAUGAAAUAUUUUCUUGUA